UAUCUGUUAAUGGAGUUACUAUCUGUUAAUGGUGUUACUAUCUCUUAAGGGUGUUACUAUCUGUUAAUGGUGUUACUAUCUGCUAAUGGUGUUACUAUCUCUUUUGUGAAUUGUACAUCUGGUCACUCUGCACAUUAUGCUGCUGCAGAUAAAAUGAGGAUCUUAGGAGGACUCCAGAACUGGACAUGGGGAUCUGUAUCUUUCUCCUUUAUCUUUUCUCUCCAGACAAACUGGUUCUGAUUCAUGAGAAUAAAGUCUGGAAAGAGGCGCUGCAGUACUGCAGAGAGCACCACGUGGACCUGGUGUCUGUGACCUCUGAGCAGAUCCAGCGCUGGGUGAGGGGGCGGGCUAAAGGAGCCUCCAGUACUCACGUGUGGAUGGGCCUGCAACACUCCUGCUACAUGGGCUUCUGGUUCUGGGACAACGCAGAGACGGUCUGCUACAGCAACUGGGCCCCAGGGGGAGAGACAGAGCCGGACUGCAAUGCUGGACUGGAGCAUCAGAGGGCCAGAGUGGGGGCAGUGAAGUCUGGAGGAGACGGGGAGGGAGAGUGGGUCAUGCUUCCAGAGACCGAGAAACUCAACUUUAUCUGCACCACUGAGGCUCAGUAGGACUGGAUCCUCCUCUGCCCAGAGCUUCCAAAUCACUCACUAUGGACGUGUGUGUGUGUGUGUGUGUGUGUGUGUGUGUGUGUGUGUGUGUGAUAAACCCCUGUCUUUCUAUGCAUCACAAUGUAUAUUUACUCACCCUACUUUUAUAGACAUUAAAUGUGACUCCAUUGCAGUAACUUACCUAUCCUGCAGUAAACUAUAUCAUCUUUUUGUAUUUUUGUCUGCAAAUGCAUCAUGUGUUUGGGAUUUUAAACAAAGUCAUGAUUGACUACGUCAUUUU